AUGACCGAAGUCAACUGCAGAAGAUUAAACCCUUGGGCUAGAAGAAGCAAAGUGGAAAGACGAAAGGUCUUCCAGGAGGCUUCCUGUCUCCACUACCAAAAGCAGCUCUUAUUUCCUGAAUUAGGCACCAUCAUUACUGAAAGUGUAGUUGGACAAACCACGGUACCUGUCAGAAAAAGAAGAACCCAGAUAGAGCCAUGGGUCAUUGGGUUCAUCGCCUUCACGUCGCUGAUCGUCUUGGCGGUGUGUAUCGGCCUCAUCGUUCACUACGUGAGAUACAAUCAGAAGAAGCCGUACAAUUACAUCAGCACCUUAAAAUUCUCCAGUCACCAACGCUAUCCCGACUUUGGCAAGGAAGGCACGCAGAAUUACACCAAGAUGAGCCAGGCUAUCGAAACUCUGGUGAGCAAGGCCUUUCUCAGCUCCUCACUACGACGCCAGUACGUCAAGUCUCAAGUCAUCCAAUUCAGUUCAGCAGAGGCGGGCGUGAUGGCCCACAUGCUGAUGGAUUUUAGAUUUCCCUCUACCACCAGUCCACAAGCUGCGAAGAAAAUCGUGACCCACGUUCUAAGCACGAAACUUAAGGCCAACACGCUGACCCCCAAAGUGGAUCCCAACUCCGUCAACCUCACGGGAAUCAACAAGAAACAAUCUGAUGAUUAUCUCAACAGCUGCUGUGGGACCCGCCGGAGCAAAACGACGGGAGACGGCCUCCGCAUAAUAGGCGGGACCCCGGCGGAAGAGGGGGAAUGGCCCUGGCAGGCCAGCCUGCAGUACAACGGCAUCCAUCGCUGCGGGGCCACCCUGAUCAACGGCUCCUGGCUCGUCAGCGCGGCGCACUGCUUCAGGACUUAUACAGAACCAAGCCAGUGGACUGUUUCCUUCGGGGUCACUGUAAAACCAGGAAUGGAGAGACGUACUCUCAAGAAGAUCAUUGUUCAUGAAAACUACCGCUACCCAGCCCAUGACUUUGACAUUUCCUUGGCCCAACUUUCCACACCCGUUCCCUACUCGAAUGCUGUACACAGGGUUUGUCUUCCGGACGCCUCCCGCACGUUAAAAAAUGGCGACGCGAUGUUCGUGACGGGAUUUGGAGCGCGGGAGAACGAUGGAAUGAGCCAAAAUGCCCUGUGGCAGGUCCAGGUGAAUUACAUAGACUCAGAUAUCUGCAACGAGCCCCAGAUUUACAACAACGCCAUCAGUCCCGGAAUGCUGUGCGCCGGGUUCUUGGAAGGAAAAAGAGAUGCCUGUCAGGGCGACUCCGGGGGGCCGCUGGUCAGCUCGGAUGUCCGAAACAUCUGGUACCUCAUGGGGAUCGUGAGUUGGGGCGACGAGUGCGCUCAGCCCAAUAAGCCCGGCGUCUACACCCGAGUGACGGCCUACCGUGACUGGAUCGCCUCCAAAACGGGGCUCUGAGGCGGGAUGGUCACGGCGUCCACCCUCUCGCCCCGACACCCGCUACAGGCCCUCCCUGCUUCUACCUCCCACGCUGUGCUUCAGGAAGCCCCGGUCGGGGAAGUCCCAGCUCCGAGCGACGAACCCGCUCGUUUCUCCCACUCAAUCCCUGGGCGCCGGGAUCCCUCUCACUGCCCCUCUCCGUCGGAUGAACCGGCGUUGGGGGCCGGGAGGGGGAAGGACGAAAGGAACCAGAACGUUAUACGAUGUGGUAGAAGAUAUAGCUCCGUGUUGAGGUGCUCAGAGUUUUCUGGAAGA